GGGCAUGCUGCAAGAGCGUAGGUGAGUGGUAAGCGUAGGAGGCGUGCCCGAAGGGCAGCGGCAGCAGUGUGGUUCCAGGUGCCGUCGCGUCAUUGAGAUCUGCAGGGUGGCGGGGACUUCGACUGUACUUUAGGGGUGGUAGGCUUAGUAGGGCUCGAACCUACAAUAUCACCGUUAUGAGCGGUACGUUUCAACCAAUUAAACUAUAAGCCCCUACGGAUCUCUACAUGCAAUUCGCUCACUUCGGGAAGAGCGGACGGAAAGAGGAGGGUGGUCGUAGAUCAGCUCGACCAUCGGGAGAGAGUGGUCGUAGAGCAGCUAGCUCAGCCGUUGCUUGGUUGCUUAGUACGCGCAUCUUCUUCUUGCUUGCUGGGGCUCACCCGUUGCUUGUUUAAGUAAAGCGCUAACGCCCUUUUAUAUAGGGUGGUCGUAGAUCAGCUUUUCUUCGCUGGCUUCGCUAGGUUGGUGGCAAAGCAACCUGUAGUUUUCUUCGCUGGCUUCUGCCUUCCCGAGCUGUCCCUGUGAUCCAGGGCGUUUUCUGAAAGCUCCUCCAUAUGACGCCAUUUCGAUUGGCGUUUUUCUCCGCGCGCCAUUUGGAAUGGCGUCAAACUUACCAGGAUGCAGAUCUGUGCUCUCUUUUGCCCAGUGACCUAUUCUGGGUUCUCUGGUGAUGCUGCUUUAGUUUUGUUGCUUUGCAGUCCUUGUUCGAAAUCAUCAUGGCUUUCCACCCCUACUACGAGAUAGAAUGCCCUCCUCUUAGAUGGUUCUGUCUUUGCUUUAUCCAUUACAAGCAUUUACUGGUUCAUACCUAUUUCUUAUAAAAUUCCUGACGGUAACUGCAUCCAUUCAUUUUCACACUUCAAGUUCACCUCUUGUCCUUUCAUGGGGAUUGCUUUUGAGGCCUUCUUUAGCUUCGCAAACACUUAGGCUCUGCUUCCACUUCCGUGUGGUGACUUCCUCAAUGAAAGAAGCUGUCUUCCAAUAACCCUUUGGUUUGGCGCCAUUCUAUUUCCCUUUGUAUAUGGGAUCAACUCAUAAUGAACCAUGCCCCUAUCUUUGCUAUUCGAUGGUCAUGAAUCUUUUCUCUUGACUUUGGACCAAUUUUGAGAUCAGUCGUGAUUUCUUGGUCGACUUUUUUUUGGGGAUCUUGGUCUUUGAUUUGGCUAGAGUCCUUCUCUACCCAAUGGUUCAAUAUUGAGGCCUUAGUCCUAUUGGACUUCUUAGUACUCGUGCCCACUUGUCCAGGCCACUUUGUCAACUCUCUACUCGUAAGAAGAAUAGUGCUCUUUAUCAAAUUAUAAGCCGGGUCAUGAGUACAAUGAGUCAGGUGUUAAUCUUUAUCCCAAGAUCCUUAAAGAAUCGGUACAAACAAGAAAGACUCGCGAGUAAUAUGAUUCAAGAUCAAGAUCUUGAUUCUUGAUUCUACUUCUUGUCUUGAAUCUUGGAAUUGAUGGAAUGCGUGCUGAUAGGAUGAGAUGGGAUGGUCUCGUGGAUCACACGUGGAGAGGAGAGCCUCAUCCAACGUUGGGGAGACAUCCACACGAGUUUAGGCUUGUGGAGCCGCUAGACGCACCUAAGGUGACGAGUUCCCUAUCUAGUCCCUGUGAGUUGAGCGUCUCAUUCAUGUUCCGUCACUGCCUGGUUACGUUACCAAUGUUUGGGGAAUCCCUAAACAUUGGUUUGGGGAUACCUCUGGGGGCGUUGGGGAACUUAUCCAGAAUGACCGAUUCUUUUCUUUUUGGAGGGGGAAGCGGGACGCUUUAAAAUGGGCUAAACCCAAGAUCAGGGACGUGGGAUCUGGAGUCUGAGGUGAGGUGCGCACAAGAGAAUGCAGUGGCCUGAGAGGCGUUCAUCUUGCUGAUAUCGAGAAUGGCCUUUGCUGUCCGCCUUGGCUUUCAUCUUCGAUCGGGGGGCUUAUUUGCUUUAGGAGUCCAGGCCGAUAUGGAGAAUGAACCGGGGUAAUACUCAGGUAGAAUCAAUGUUUCUGCUGGGUCGUCUACCCGAUCCAUCUGAUCAUCAAUUACCCAAGCUUCAAUAGAAUGAAGCAGCUGAGAUGCAUCAUCAGAUAGUUGUGUUCAUCAUCCCCUGCAGUUAUGUUAGCUUACUCAUCCUGUUGCUCAUCGGCUACACCUCUCCUCUUGACUCCUUGUUCCUUAUUUCCAGAAUCAGUUGCCUUGGAGAUCGGCUCUUGACUUACCGCCCAAAGAAUCAAUCAAACAAACGGCACGGCCAGAAGAAAAAAAAGCAAAAAUCGAAUCGGUAACGGAAUCUUGAUCAAAGGAUCAUGUACAGCAUCCCCUGUAUACGCGAUCUACAUAGAAAGAUAGAAAGAGGCUUCGCUCCUUUCCACGCGAUUCUAUUUAUAUAAAAUAAAAAAUAAAAAUAGAAAGCUCUAGGAUUGCGUAGGAUUCUUUGGCUACCGCUGCGGCGGUCAAAGUCAAAGACCCAACCAACCCUAGCCGCCGCCUUAAGAGAGGUUUUUCUCCCUCCCUUCCAGUGUGGCUUGAAAGAAAGCAAGCCACCUUGUUUUUGGCAAUGAAUGGAAUCAAUAGAUCGGCGGCACAGUAGAGUGAUUCUGACUGAAACUCCUGCUUGAUCUGUUUUGAGGCCCCCAGCUUUAGGCUAGGUAUAGGCCUCUCUAGAAGGUUGUGGGUUGGAGGAGAAAGGGGAGUGGAGGCGGGCCUCCGUUCGCAUCUCUGUUCCAACAAAUAACGACUUUUCCUCGUUCCCAUGACUCCGCGGCCCAUCUGCCUUUUCCAUUGUCAACCCCGGCAACUUAUGAGUGAGGCUUUCGGGGCUACCUACUUUAGGGCUUAAUAUAUAUAUAAGAAGAGCCCGAAUUUGGCCUUUUUGUUUAAGGGCUGCUCGCCUUUUGAAUAGAAGGAAGUGGGAUAGCGGGGGUGAUUUCGGUAAACCGAUGCAUGAGCUGAGGCUCCCAUGUCCCGCCGACCCUCCGAAAAAGUAAGGUCGUAAAACGGCUCAUAGGGAGUCAGAAGCAAGCAGAGUCAAAGGCGGGUCAAACUCACAUAAGCAGAGGGGGAGACACAUUCAUGAAAAGCGAGAAGCCGUGCCGUGGGGGACUGACCAACUAUGAAUAGAUCUUACUUACGGGUAACAGUAGGAACAUCUAUUAGUCCGUAUCGUGGGUCUACUUGUUACAAAAGGCGAACAUCCCCAUUCCAAAACAUUCACAUAGGUCCUCAGGCGGGCGGGACGAAAAGAGUCUAUUUACCUUUACAAUAUUCCGGAAUGUAUCACGGCCCUAUCUAUUCAUCUUUUUUAUUAAAAAAAAAAAGAGUUCCGCAUCUCUCCGGGGCCCGGGGAACAAAUAGGCGUGGGGAAGAGGGAGAGGGGGGGCUACGAGCCCUCUCCCGUUGCUGUUCCCGGACCACCCACCCCUUCCUUCCCCUUCGCCCGGCCCGGUGAGGUCCGAAGAGAUCAGAUCUCUCGAACGAAGUGAAGUGAUAGGAAGAGAAGACUGCUGGCGGGAGAUCUCUAUUCAUUACACCCAGCGAAGCCAAAAAACGUGAGCGCCUAGCGCGAUACGCAAUCAAACUACUGCGCUAACGCGCUUCAACCUAAACAAGCAAGGGCCCGACUAUAUACAACGGCUAGCGCGCCAGAACAAGCAAGGGAUGAGCCCCUACUCGAGUAAGCUGAUCGUAGAGCACCGUUGCGCGUUAGCGCAUCCGCUGGGCGCGUUAGCACGCGCAUCCAAGAAUCAACGGAUGAGCCCCUACUCGAGUAAGCUGAUCGUAGAGCACUCUCUCCCGGUGGUCGAGCUGAUCGUAGAGCACUCUCUCCCGGUGGUCGAGCUGAUCGUAGAGCACCGUUGUGCGUUAGCAUGCUUUGACGCGGGAGCGCGCAACUAGGUUGCGCGCGCCUUACUCAAAUAGGGGCUUUAGCUAUAGUGGGGCCCUUGCUUGUUAGGUUAGGGGCAAAGCAACCUGACGCGUUGCGGCGCCCUACCUUGUCCACUGAGGCUCCGGAGUUUGCUGGAUCGAAGUAGGAAAUUCUCCAUCCGCCCGCCAGCAGCAGAGGGGUUCGAUUCCCGUUAUACGCGAUGUGGCGAAAAAGACUGAAAAAACGAGAUAUGCCUUGCCUGCAUUAAGAUUUAAAACUUGUCGUCUACUUCCAGGAAAUGUUCGGAACAGAGAACUUACAAUAAUACAACGCCGCAUUCUCCGAAGAUUGAGGAGCAAGAAGAGAUCUAUUAAUAGAAAGAUUUAUCCGAGAGAAAAUCUUAACAGUUACAUCCAAUCACAAAUGCUCGUACUUUCACUUUCCCUUCUUACCCAGAUUGGUGUGGUUUUUAUUCUCAAUUUUUUCCUAUCCCAUCUGGGUCUGCCGCCUAUUAUUCCACCCAUCGCGGUAGCUGAAUGUGAAAAUUCUUCUUCUUCUGAAGAAUCAGACCGCCCUUCCUGCUCUACCUCGACCCGAACUCAUCGGGCGGAAAGAGACUUUGAUUUAAAUCAUACUCCUUCUCCUGUAGAAGAGGAGGAAGAUUUAGAUCUCAACUUGCCCCCUGCCGCUGACCCUGCCCAGGACCAAAUUCAUCGACGUCUGAGGCAGGGGCAGGAGGCAAUCGAUUUGGCGCUCGCCCUGGGCCAACCCCACAAUUUGAAUUUAGAGUUAGCACUUGCGCCACCAAUGUUGGAAGAUCAACCCGCAUCACAACAAGUUGGUGGAGAAGUUGUCCUAAUGGGGAGGGUGGGAAUCCGGAAAAUCCGGAAAUAGAGCGCAUAGCGCGGCGGCUUCAAAUAUAUCAUGCCAGAGCGGUAUCCUCCGCCGAGGAGCUCAGAGCCUUUAAAACUAGGGCCGCCGCCCACCUUAGUUUCAAAGAGCGAAUAGUAGGUCGGAUGGGCCAGCUUUUCCCCGAGGAAAAAUGGAAAAAUAUCAUUUCAGUUCGAGAAGGAGUACUUAUUUCGAGAAGGGGCUCAGAAUUCCCUCUCGAAAAGCUCCAAGAGAUUCUCCGGGAUCUCGAGGUGCACGGCCGUAAC